GGUCCGCAGAUCGCCCUCCUCUUGGGGGGAGGCCUGAAGAAACCGAUCGCCCUAUUGGCCGAUCUGCCGGUUAUCUACCUACGGACGCUAGGAGAGGACCAGAAGAGUUAUCCGCCUCAAGGGCAGGCGCUCAAGGGGUUAUAAAAACAGAACUCCACCGGUAUGCCUGGGCAUCUACUUC